AUGUUGCGACCCAGGCAAAGCGCCUGGCAAGUGGUUCUCACCACCUUGGCCGUCCUGAUAUCCACGCCUUGCAGCGUCCAAGCUGCCGAUGCCCGCACAAACACCAACCGGGCCGCCCGAGCCAUCACGACGCUCAACAGGGACUGGUACAGCAUCGCGACGGGCAUCUAUGACGAUGCCUGGUGGAACUCGGGAAACGCCAUCACCACCCUGUCCGACUUUGCCCUCCUCCGCGUCGACAAGGCCAACGAGCUCAACCUCGGCGGCUACAUACGCAACACCUUCAUCCAGGCCCAAAAGACAAACGUCCAGACCGUCAAAGCCAUGAAGAACGGCGUCGUCACCUCGACCUACUGCCUCGACCACAGCAACGGCUGCAUGUCCAAGCGCGAGUUCCUCGGCAAGCGCGGCUUCGACGACUUCAUCAACGAGUUCUACGACGACGAGGGCUGGUGGGCUCUUGCCUGGAUCCGCGCCCACGACGUCUCGGGCGACAGGGACUACCUCGACGCCGCCGUCGACAUCUUCAAGGACAUGCAGACCGGCACCGGCACCCCCUGCGGCGGCGGCAUCUUCUGGAACAAGGAGCGCAAGUACGUCAACGCAAUCACCAACGAGCUCUACCUCUCCGUCGCCGCCUCCCUCGCCACCCGCGUCCCCGGCCAAAAGGACUUUUACCUGGGCAUCGCAAAGGCCCAAUGGGAGUGGUUCGACAAGAGCGGCAUGAUCAACGCCCAGAACCUCGUCAAUGACGGCCUCGACGCAAAGUGCAAGAAUAACGGCCUCCAGACCUGGUCUUACAACCAGGGCGUCGUCCUCGGCGGCCUCGCCGAGCUCAACAGGGCCACCGGCGACGUCCGAUACCUCGAGCGCGCCACGGCCAUUGCAAAGGCCGCCAUCAAGGCUCUCGCCCCCGACGGCAUCCUUGUCGAGACGGACAAGUGCGAGCUCAAGCCCGGCAACUGCGGCAAGGACGGCCAGCAGUUCAAGGGCAUCUUUGUGCGCAACCUGCGCUACCUCAACGACGUCGCGCCCCACAAAGAAUUCCGCGACUUCAUCAUAAGGAACGCCGAUUCCAUCUGGGAGCGUGACCACGACAACGAGGACCGCCUGGGCGUCUCCUGGGCCGGGCCUUACCUGCCUGCCACGGGACCGACGCAAAGCAGUGCCCUCGACGCCAUCGUGGCGGCCAUUGCAGUUGCAUGA